AUGAAGAUCUUCCCUGCUCUUCUAGCCCUUGGGCUCCUAUCAUCAGCCGAUGCCGCUGCAUCCUCGGGCUGCGGCAAACAACCUACUCUCAGCAACGGAGUCCACAACAUCAAUGGCCGCGAGUACAUCCUGAAAAUCCCCGACAACUACGACCCAAACAAGCCACAUCACCUUGUCUUCACCCUCCAUUGGCGAGGCGGAAACAUGUACUCUGUUGCCAACGGUGACAGCAUUCAACCCUGGUACGGUCUCGAAAGCCGAGCAAAGGGAAGUGCCAUCCUGGUAUCUCCCAAUGGCAAGAAUGCUGGCUGGGCCAACACCAAUGGCGAAGAUGUUGCCCUUAUCGACGCUAUCAUCAAGCAGGUCGAGGGUGACCUCUGUGUGGAUCCGAGCUCUCGCUUCGCGACGGGCUUCAGUUGGGGCGGUGGGAUGAGUUACUCGCUUGCUUGUUCGCGGGCCAAGGAGUUCAAGGCCGUAAGUGUGUUGAGCGGUGGCUUGAUUAGUGGAUGUGAGGGCGGCCACGACCCCAUCGCUUACUUGGGUAUUCAUGGCAUCAAUGAUCAAGUUCUGCCAUUUGAUGGGGGUGUGACUCUGGCGAAUAAGUUUGUUGAGAAUAACCAGUGCCAGCCAACAAACAUCGGCAAGCCUGCAUCUGGCAGUGGCGGCUUCGUUCGAGCUGACUUCCCCGGAUGCUCCAAGCCAGUUUCGUUCAUAGCUUAUGACGGAGGACAUGUCGGUGCACCCCUGGGAGUUGGCAGCUCUCUGGCUCCGGAUGCGACCUGGGAGUUCUUCAUGGCGGCUUGA